GCUUAAGCUUCCAUAAUAUAAAACUAUGGAGGGCUUAAAAAAGGAGAUUUAUCGGCAAUGGGCAAAUUUGAAAUUUCUGUCCCCACUUUUAAGCAGCUUCCUCGGUUUGACAGCAGAGGCACUGCGAUCGACUGGGAUACUACAUUUUCAUUCAGUACAACAAUGAGUCGUGGUAGAAAUUGCUUUGUACCUGGCUGUACAAGUGGGAAUCCCAAUAAAAACAAGGCAAAUAAAGAACGGGGUGAAAGAAACCCAAGCCUUUUCAAAGCUCCUAAUGAUCCUAGCUUGCUACAGCAGUGGCAAAAGGCGAUACCCAGAUCAGACAAGACACUUAGCAGCAAAGAUUGUAAUUUUUUGUGUUCUUGAUAUAAUAUGAUGUUCCUGUUUUAUUUUUUGGCAUAGUACAUAUAGAUAUUUAAUAUCUAAGUGCUAAAUUGUAUAUUAAAUUUAUAUAUUGUAUAUUUUAUUUAUUAAAUUUAGUGGAAUUAGUUAAUAGAAACAAAAGUUGUAAUGUAUUAAUAUUGCUAAAUAAAUAUUUAUAUGAUGAAAUAAGUCAGCGUAUAUACAUAUUCACAACUCUGUAUUUUUGUGCUUUUGAAAUAAACUGAGUACAUUAUUUAUUCAUUAAUAUUUUAUUUACAAACCUACCUUAUAUUAAUAAAGUGAAUAUCAAUAGAAAAACCUUUACAAUUAUUAGGUGACAUUGAAUAUAAUAUAUCUUGAAUUUAAUUGUCUACGAAACAGUGACAAUUUGCAAAACUUUGCUAAUGACAUUAAAACUUACAAUUCAACGCUAGAAAAAACGCUAUUGAACACAGGAAACGUUUCAGCUCAAUAUACCUACUCUCUAGUUUCAGCUAUAAAAAGUUAUGGAAUAGAUAACACCGAUCAAAGGGUGCAAUGGUAACGUUCGUCUUCAGUUUCCAUUUAUGAUUAAGUUAUUCCUGAUAAAAUACUCUUAAUUUUCGUUAUUCAAUCUGUCAAUCGCCAUAAAACCACUACUAGUUCGAAAGAUUUUAAUGUUUAUUAAAAUGGUAUCACACUAAACUGCAUGUAAACAUGUCAAUUUCAAAUGUUUUAAUGAAAAACUAUGAACCUUUAAACUGCAUCAACAAAACUAUUAAUAAAACACUAACACAAUCACACCAUAAACUAUUUCAUUCGCAUUUCUCAUCAAGAAACAAUUACUGUUUACAUCAAAUCAAAGGUUGAACUGGUGAUAAAUUUGUUGCUGGAACUUCUAUCUUUUUUGUACAACAGUUCUAGGGAAGAUUUAUUUUAGCAGCUUAUAUGUUUCUUCGGUCGUGUAUGCACUAAAAAGAACCACAUAAUAAAACAUUUUUAUAAUAUCAACUUAGGAAAAGGAUAUAUUAAACCGGCAUCUAAUAUAACCUAACUAACUUUUCAAACUCAAAUUUAAGGUUUUGUAUUCACAAUUUUAGCCACGCACAUUGCUCAAUUAGAAAAA